CAAUUCGGUACGGGUCUUUAAAUAUAGGGCUCCUAGCCCUAUUUCCUCACUUGCCUCUUGCUCAAAAAACCUUCCCCCAUCUCUCUAAGUCAUUUUCCAACCUUCUACCCUCGCUUUUCCUCGUUUUUGGGCCCGUUUCGUCAUUCGAUUCGUGAACUCCUUCGCGUUUUGAACAUUUUGAACCAAACAAAUCUCAAAUUCGGUGUUUCUUUAUGGAUUCCCACCACUUGGGGUUUGUUUCCCCCAAGUUUACCUCGAUCUCUGUGCCCUUUUCGGACUCCAAGCUUUCCGUCCAUUUUUCACCCUCUCGGGGUUGACUUUUCAGUUGACUUUUCAUAUUCUCACCCGGUUUUCACACUUCCGGCCAUUUUCACAUCAUUCUCGACAUGGCAGACGAUCUUCCACAAGGUGGGACUCCCCCGGAGCAGGAGAUGGACCCCGAGGCUGAGUUCUUGCCUUUGAGCGUCCGACCAUUUGACCCGGCGACCUACCAGCCGACGAUUCACGUGUUGCCUCCUGACGGACUUCGGCAGUUCAGGAGUUUUGCUAGGGGCAUACCACCAGAGCUUCUACUAUGCGAGCCAGAGUCACAUCUGUCUUACGGCGCUUCCGAGUUGUGGGUAUACGCCUACUUCCUGAUGCUUGCCCCAGUACCAGAGGAGGAGAUGCCUCCCAUGAUCCCAUUCUCCCACCACUUUGACGUGAGGUGCGAGCGGAGACCACAUGAGUCUUUCAUAUUCUUCCGCCGCUAUUUCGAUACCAUCACCGCGACAGAGAUCACCUGGCAGCCAUGGGCCACAUUGCCCAGCGCAGUACGGUAGUGGUAUGAGGGCGCUCAGGAUACCUCCCGGUUCAGGAUUUUGCUAGAGGGCCCGGUCUGUCGGGCCUAGUACCUAGGCUAGCGCUUUCUGCGCCAGACCUUGGGCAUGCCGGAGCAGAUAGUCCCAGGUUUGCCUCCUACGACCAUGAGGCAGACAGAAGUAUACACCCCACAGGAGAUGGCCGUUUGUACGAUCGGCUGGGACUCGGAGGGCUUUAGAGGCGAGGGCGACUAUGCAUAGUACGUCCAGACCUAUAUCAUGCGGCCUCUGGGUAGUGCUCACCGAGCUGAGAGGGAGAGGCCUGCGGCGCCGGCAUCUAGAGUAGGAGCACCGAGGAUGGCUUGGGCACGUGGUAGGAGUGGAUCCCGGAGAGGACAAGGAGCUGGAUGGCCAGCAUUGCCCACGAUGAUGACAUGCAGAGGGCAGGAUGGGGAGACUUAUCAGAUCCCCAUCGCUCCCCCUCCGGCUGAUCAUGAGCUAGUCGGGUUCUACGACUUGCCCCCGGCUUCCUCUGAGUAUACUCGACAGUCCCUGGAGUUGACUGCCUCCGUGAUGGGGAUGCUACAGUGGAGCUUCGACCUGCUAGCCAUUUACAGUAUCCCGGUAAGUUCUGUCAACCACAGUCUUUCAAACGCAGUCUCAAACUCUGUAUAAACUGUUUUGCAUAAUCUGAUGCAUCGCACCGCCAACACAACACUUCAUACACGACACUCAUGGCAUUGGUAUGCUGUAAUCAUACACUGUAUUCAGUUCUGAUAUACUGCUCGUAGCAUUCAAACACGGCAUUCUGCACUGAUAUACUGUUCACAGUAUUUAUACACUGUACUCACACACUGUAUUUGGUUCUGAUAUACUGC